UUCACUCCGCGAUAAGCUUGGCUCUGUUCGGAGGCAUCCAGGCUAAGAGCUGGUGUAAAUCAGGAAGAGGGAGGAUAUAAGGGGGUUUCCAUGUUUAGAUACGGACGGCUCAAGUGUGAGACCCCCACCUCUAAAAACAAAUCAGCUGGGUCUUCAAAGGUGCAGUAAGAGCCUGGGGUGUAAGUAAGUGGUCUGCUGUUGAAAGGUGGACACUCACUACAGAAGCAUGGAGCAAAUGCAUCCCAUGGGACAGGCCCUGGAGCAGCUGGGGCCCAGGGACACACAGAGGACAGAGGACCCUGGAGAGUACUGCUAUGGUGGCUACCAUCCAGUGCAGAUGGGUGAUGUUUUUAACAGGAGGUAUCAGGUGCUGUCCAAACUGGGCUGGGGAUAUUAUGCGACAGUUUGGCUCUGUCUGGACCUCAGGUCGGGUGGACAUGUGGCAGUCAAGGUGCUGAAGAGUGGCCCUGGAUUUGCUCAGGCGGGACAAGAUGAACUGACUCUGCUCCGAUGUGCUGGUAGUGCCACACAUCGUCACUCACACAGCCAGAGGAUAGUCCGACUGUUGGACGAGUUCAAAGUGGCUGGGGUCAAUGGAGUCCACAUUUGCCUAGUCCUGGAACUACUGGGCCCCAGUCUCCGGAGUGUGCUGUUGGGCUGUGGGACACCUGGUCUGUCUCGGCCUGUGGUCAAACAGGUCCUUACUCAGGUUCUGCAGGGCCUGGCCUAUCUCCACUGUCAGUGUAAGAUCAUCCACACAGACAUCAAACCAGAGAACAUCCUAUUGUGUGCAAAGCAGACCAACUCUCCACCAGGGGGCACUGGCUGCUCCUCCAUCAACUCUGUCAACAACAACUUGUCAGAUGGAGACCAGACAGCCCUCCACAGUCUGAAGCAGAUAGAAGUGAAGAUUGCUGACCUGGGCAGCUCCUGUUGGGUGUACAAGCACUUCUGUGAGGAGAUCCAGACCCGGCAGUACCGCUCUCUGGAGGUUCUGGUGGGGCUGGACUAUGGCCCUCCUGCUGACAUCUGGAGUGUGGCCUGCAUGACCUUUGAGCUGCUCACUGGAGACUCUCUGUUUGAACCCAGAGCAGCAGACUCCUGCUCUCUGGAAGAAGAUCAUAUAGCUCAGAUAAUGAUGCUGCUGGGUAAAAUCCCUCCAGCCAUUGCACUGACGGGAAAAUACUCAGCAGAGUACUUCAACCGCAGAGGAGACUUGCUCAGAGUGGGUCCUGUGAAGUCCUGGAAGCUGUACGACGUCCUAGUGGAGAAAUACCAUUUCAGGUUGGAAGAGGCCUCAGACUUGUGUAACUUCCUGUUGCCCAUGUUAGAAUAUUACCCCGAGAGAAGGGCUACAGCUGUACAAUGCCUCCGACACCCCUGGCUCUGCUCCGGACCAUAGCAGUCCCCGAAACGUUAGCCAUUCUGCCAGCUCAGGUCAUUUUUAAAGGUGCUAUGUAGAUCAUGUUUCUUAUGUUUCCAAGUUACUUCUUUGUACUGUAGUCUCAUCAUGCACUUUAUACAACUGUUGAGAGAAUAGUUUUGGUGUUCUUUGUGUUUUAGGUGCCAGUGUAAGCGU